CGCUCUCCGGCCCCGCGCUCCCCCACCCCCCCACGUGGCGCCCAAACUCGGCGCGGGCCCGCUCUGCAAAGUACAGAACUCGCGUCCCAGUGGAAUAGAAGAUGAACUCAGCUGAAUUCAGUGAAGAUGUAGAAGAAGUUCUAAAAAAUAACACAGUGAAAGUGGAGACAGAGGCCGAAGAUGCUGCCCUGGACUGCUCAGUGAGUUCCAGGUCUUCCGAGAAGCACCCUCUGGACAGCGUCUUCCCUGCCCUCCAGGAUUCCAGCAAGCGAAAGCCCCCGGGCUGCGAUGGCCAGCCUGACUCUGUCCCCAGCGUGAAGAGGCGGCGGCUGAUUCCCGAGGCACUCCUAGCAGGCAUGCGGAACCGGGAGAACUGCUCGCCCUGCCAGGGCAACGGAGAGCAGGCCAGCAGGGGCAAGAACCUGGGCUCCGCGUGGCCCGGCGAGGAGGAGCCCUGCGGCGAGGUGACCACCCCCUCUUACAAGAAGCCUCUGUAUGGCAUCUCGCACAAGAUCAUGGAGAAGAAGAACCCUCCCGCCGGGGACAUGCUCAACACGUACGAGCUCUUCGAGAAGGCAAACUCCAGCAACAGCCCCUCGCCGCUGCGGCUCCUGAACGAACCACAGAAGCGGGACUGUGGCAGCGCCGCAGCGGCCACCGACGGUGACCCCAACAUCUACUUUCUGAUCCAGAAGAUGUUCUACAUGCUCAACACGCUGUCCUCCAACAUGUCCCAGCUGCACAGCAAGGUGGACCUGCUCUCCCUGGAGGUGAGCCGCAUCAAGAAGCAGGUGAGCCCCACCGAGAUGGUGGCCAAGUUCCAGCCGCCCCCGGAGUACCAGCUCACGGCGGCCGAGCUCAAGCAGAUCGUGGACCAGAGCCUGUCGGGCGGUGACCUGGCCUGCCGCCUGCUGGUGCAGCUCUUCCCCGAGCUGUUCAGCGACGUGGACUUCUCCCGCGGCUGCAGUGCCUGCGGCUUCGCGGCCAAGCGGAAGCUGGAGUCGCUGCACCUGCAGCUCAUCCGCAACUACGUGGAGGUCUACUACCCCUCGGUGAAGGACACGGCCGUGUGGCAGGCCGAGUGUCUGCCCCAGCUGAAUGACUUCUUCAGCCGCUUCUGGGCGCAGCGGGAGAUGGAGGACAGCCAGCCCGGCGGCCAGGUCCCCGGCUUCUUUGAGGCCGAGCAGGUGGAUGCCGGCCACUUCCUGGACAACAAGGACCAGGAGGAGGCCCUGUCCCUGGACCGGAGCAGCACCAUCGCCUCCGACCACGUGGUGGACACGCAGGACCUCACCGAGUUCCUGGACGAAGCAUCCUCCCCCGGCGAGUUUGCCGUCUUCCUUCUCCACCGGCUCUUCCCCGAGCUCUUCGACCACCGGAAGCUGGGCGAGCAGUACAGCUGCUACGGGGACGGCGGCAAGCAGGAGCUGGACCCGCAGAGGCUGCAGAUCAUCCGCAACUACACGGAGAUCUACUUCCCCGACAUGCAGGAGGAGGAGGCCUGGCUGCAGCAGUGCGCCCAGCGCCUCAACGACGAGCUCGAAGGCCUGGCGCUGGACGGGGGCAGUGAGGGCGAGCCCGCGCGGGACGACUGCUACGACUCCUCCAGCCUGCCGGACGACAUCUCCGUGGUCAAGGUGGAAGACAGCUUCGAGGGUGAGCGGCCCGGCCGGCGCUCCAAGAAGAUCUGGCUGGUGCCCAUCGACUUCGACAAGCUGGAGAUCCCGCAGCCCGACUUCGAGGUGCCGGGCGCCGACUGCCUGCUCAGCAAGGAGCAGCUGCGCAGCAUCUACGAGAGCAGCCUGUCCAUCGGCAACUUCGCCUCGCGCCUGCUGGUGCACCUCUUCCCCGAGCUCUUCACGCACGAGAACCUGCGCAAGCAGUACAACUGCAGCGGCUCGCUGGGCAAGAAGCAGCUGGACCCGUCGCGCAUCAAGCUCAUCCGCCACUACGUGCAGCUGCUCUACCCCCGCGCCAAGAACGACCGCGUGUGGACGCUGGAGUUCGUGGGCAAGCUGGACGAGCGCUGCCGGCGCCGGGACACGGAGCAGCGGCGCUCCUACCAGCAGCAGCGCAAGGUGCACGUGCCGGGCCCCGAGUGUAGGGACCUGGCGAGCUAUGCAAUCAACCCCGAGAGGUUCCGAGAGGAGUUUGAGGGGCCCCCGCUGCCGCCCGAGAGAAGCAGCAAGGACUUCUGCAAGAUCCCCCUGGACGAGCUGGUGGUCCCCUCGCCCGACUUCCCGGUGCCUUCACCGUACCUGCUGUCGGACAAGGAGGUGCGUGAGAUCGUGCAGCAGAGCCUCUCCGUGGGCAACUUCGCCGCCCGGCUCCUGGUCAGGCUCUUUCCGGAACUCUUCACCGCCGAGAACCUCCGGCUGCAGUACAACCACUCCGGCGCCUGCAACAAGAAGCAGCUGGAUCCGACGCGGCUGCGGCUCAUCCGGCAUUACGUGGAGGCCGUCUACCCGGUGGAGAAGAUGGAGGAGGUGUGGCACUACGAGUGUAUCCCCAGCAUCGACGAGCGGUGCCGCCGCCCCAACAGGAAAAAGUGCGACAUCCUGAAGAAAGCCAAGAAAGUGGAGAAGUGAUGGGCGCCCCGGGGACUGAGCGUUCUUUUGGAGCAGUGAAUGGUAUCCACAGACACGCACCUUAUGUCAGUGGGGAGUGGCUUACUACAUUUGCACACGUAAACACCACCCAACCACAGGAAAGAAGCCUUGCGUUCGGUCUCUCCUGCUCACGACUUUUGUCCUGUGCCCCAGCGGUGCCGCAGGAGUUGGGGAGAGCUGAGCCGUGAGAGUAGAGAGGCCUCAGGAGUGGUCCUCUCCUGGGCUGUGUCCCCCCACCCCCCUGCAAUUUCAGAUGCAUAUUCAGCAACUCUCUUGUUCCUCUGCCCACAUUUUACAUCUUCCAUUUUUAUCAAAAAAAUUUUUUAAUUAAAAAGAAACCCUUUUUAAAAAAAAAAUCAUUGGGCUCUUUGGGGGCCAUUUUACUUAGAAAAAAUAUCUUUUAAAUAUUUGAGGUGAAGUACUGUAAGAUGACUUCAGUUGCUGGGAUUUUUUUUUUUUUUUUAAGAUGGUUUCAGAUUUAUGAAAUUUUUACAAGUGCCAUGUUCAUGCAUGAUGGCCAAUAAUAGCUUCAGGUGGCACAGAGACCAAUUUUCCUGACCUUGUCUUUUACAUCUGAUUUUAGAAGGAUCAAGAUGCCCCCUGGAUGGCAGUAGAAGGGAUGGAAUAGUGUGAUGUCCUUUCCCACCAUGGUCGCGUUCUCCCUUCCACUGUGGUGCUGAGGAAGGGGCCUCACACGGCCUGGCCUGUUUGUAGUUGCCAUGUGGGUAGAAUGUCGUGCUCACUCUCUGUAGACGAGAACACUGGAUGAUGAUGAUGAUGAUGAUGAUAUGAAUGUAGAUAGACGUGGAAACACGUACACAAUGUCAUUUGAGCUGUGUCCUUCCACUGCCCCCUUCCCUCUCUACACAAGGAUGCUGUUUGGAGGGGCAGACACAUUUCCUUGGAAAACAGUCUGUGUGGGUGUUUAGCUUCUUGUUUGAUUUAAGGAUGGGCCCCUUUGGGCUCACCAAAGCUGUUUACUUUCCGUGUAUGUAUCUGUGUGACACCCAGGUUCUGGGAGCUGUCUGGUGGUCUCACCACACCUCAGUGUUAGCCCCUCCGGUCGGUAGCACAUCCUUGUUCCUCAGGGCAAGCCCAGGCCUCGGGCCCUCUUGGGGAUAUUUGGCAUUGGAAGGUCACAGGUCAUUCAAAUGGGGCUCCCCUGUCCCUUGCCAGAGUCCACUCAGUUGUCCCCUCGGACCCCCUAGGAGCUCUGCCGCCCUACACCUGGCCAGUCACUUGGCCUCGGAGUAAGACAUCUCUUCUCCUCACUGGUUGGGAAGGCCAGACUGCUCCGGGCCAGUGGCAUACUUUCCAGGACUACCAAUCGGGAAAUUCCCCAGCACGUAAAGUCCUGAAAAACAAUACCUUUACCUACCUGACUUUGGGGUCCCAAUCCCUACGAGGGAAAGGAGACAGUGUAACCCAAGCUGAAUACAUCCUACCAGAAACUCGGAAAAUGAACUGAAUCACACAGGGUAGUCCUAAAACCCUUGUGGGAUGUUGCUGAUUGAAUAGCCUAGUGGCUUAAUGUUUUGCUACCUUAAAAUGCAGAAGUGAUCGAAACAAUCUGUGAAUUUUCUUUAUACAACCGAUAAGGACUUCAGUUCCGGUGGCUAUUUGACGUAAUUUUGCCUACACCCAGAGGGCUUUUUUUUUUUUUUUUUUUUUUUU